UGAACCAAGCCAGAAUCAAAGCGGCGCAUCCUGAGGCAGGUGGGGGUACCUGUGGAAGAGGGAAGGCAGGCGACUGGCUAGGGCUUGGCUGGGAGGCCGGCGGAGCAGCAACUGCAGAAACAGGCAGCGGCAGAGAGGGAAUGGUGCCUGGAGGCGCCGAGGAGCCGGCGCAGUCCGUCCCUCUUAGGGUUAGUGAAUGAGGCUCUCCGCCCGGGCCGGCCCGGGGACUCUGCGCUGCGGGUCCCAAGCAUGAGUGCGGGCCCCGGCUGUGAGCCCUGCACCAAGCGACCCCGCUGGGGCGCCGCUGCAACUUCUCCGCCGGCCGCCUCGGACGCCCGGAGCUUCCCCGGCAGGCAGAGGCGCGUCCUCGAGUCCAAGGACGCUCCCGUGCAGUUCAGGGUCCCACCGUCCUCGUCAGGCUGCGUCCCGGGGCGGGCGGGACCGCACAGAGGCAGCUCCACCUCGCUUGUUUUCAAACAAAAGACUAUUACCAGUUGGAUGGACACUAAAGGAAUCAAGACAACUGGAUCAGAAAGUUUGCAUAGUAAAGAAAACAACAAUACAACAGUAGAAUCCAUGAUGAGUUCUGUACAAAAAGAUAACUUUUAUCAACAUAAUAUGGAAAAAUUAGAAAAUGUUUCUCAGCUAAGUCUUGAUAAAUCAUCUGUUGAAAAAAAUACACAGUAUUUGAACCAGCAUCAGACUGCAGCUAUGUGUAAGUGGCAAAAUGAAGGGAAACAUACAGAGCGGCUUUUAGAAAGUGAGCCUCCGACAGUAACUCUGGUGCCAGAGCGGUUCAGUAAUGCUAACGUUGAUCAGUCACCUGGAAAUGAUGAUCACAGUGACACAGAUAGUGAGGGAAGUAGAGACAACCAACAAUUUUUGACAACUGUAAAGUUUACAAAUACAAAGCAGACCACAGAAGAUGAACGGGCCAGAGAAGCCAGAAGCCACCAGAAGUGUAGCAAGUCUUGCCAUCCUGUAGAAGACUGUGCAGGUUGUCAGCAGGAAGAGAUAGAUGUGGUGCCAGAGAGUCCCUUGUCAGACAUCAGCUCUGAGGAUGUUGGUACUGAACUGAAAAAUGCCAACAAGUUGAGUAGACAAGAGAGUAGUUUAGGAAAUUCUCCUUUUGAAAAAGAAAGUGAACCUGAGUCACCAAUGGAUGUAGAUAAUUCCAAAAAUAGUUGUCAGGACUCAGAAGCAGAUGAGGAGACAAGUCCAGGUUUUGAUGAGCAAGAAGAUAGCAAUUCCUCCCAAACAGCAAGUAAACCUUCAAGGUUCCAAGCAAGAGAAGCUGACACUGAAUUGAGGAAGCGGUCCUCUUCUAAAGGAGGUGAAAUUCGUUUACAUUUUCAAUUUGAAGGAGGAGAGACUCGGAGUGGAAUGAAUGAUUUAAAUCCCAGACCACCUGGAAGUACUUCUAGCCUGAAUGUAGAAUGUAGGAAUUCCAAGCAGCAUGGGAAAAAGGAUUCUAAAAUCACAGAUCAUUUCAUGAGAAUGCCCAAAGCAGAGGACAAAAGAAAAGAACAAUGUGAAAUCAAGCAUCAAAGAACAGAAAGGAAGAUACCUAAAUACAUUCCACCUCACCUUUCUCCAGAUAAGAAAUGGCUUGGAACUCCUAUUGAGGAGAUGAGAAGAAUGCCUAGGUGUGGCAUCCGGCUGCCUCUCUUGAGGCCAUCUGCCAAUCACACAGUAACUAUUCGCGUAGACCUUUUGCGAGCAGGAGAAGUUCCUAAACCCUUUCCAACACAUUUUAAAGAUUUGUGGGACAACAAGCAUGUUAAGAUGCCUUGUUCAGAACAAAACUUGUACCCUGUGGAAGAUGAAAAUGGUGAGCGAACUGCAGGGAGCCGGUGGGAGCUCAUUCAAACUGCACUUCUCAACAAAUUCACACGACCCCAAAACCUGAAGGAUGCUAUCCUGAAAUACAAUGUGGCAUAUUCUAAGAAAUGGGACUUUACAGCUUUGGUUGAUUUCUGGGAUAAGGUACUUGAAGAAGCAGAAGCUCAACAUUUAUAUCAGUCCAUUUUACCUGAUAUGGUGAAAAUUGCACUCUGUCUGCCAAAUAUUUGCACCCAGCCAAUACCACUCCUUAAACAGAAGAUGAAUCAUUCCAUCACAAUGUCACAGGAACAGAUUGCCAGUCUUUUAGCUAAUGCUUUCUUCUGCACAUUUCCACGGCGAAAUGCUAAGAUGAAAUCCGAGUAUUCUGGCUACCCAGACAUUAACUUCAAUCGGUUGUUUGAAGGACGUUCAUCAAGGAAACCAGAGAAGCUUAAAACACUCUUCUGCUACUUUAGAAGAGUCACAGAGAAAAAACCUACUGGCUUGGUGACAUUUACAAGACAGAGUCUUGAAGAUUUUCCAGAGUGGGAAAGAUGUGAAAAACCCCUGACUCGAUUGCAUGUCACUUAUGAAGGUACCAUAGAAGGAAAUGGUCAAGGCAUGCUACAGGUGGAUUUUGCAAACCGUUUUGUUGGAGGUGGUGUAACCGGUGCAGGACUUGUGCAAGAAGAAAUCCGCUUUUUAAUCAACCCCGAGUUAAUUGUUUCACGGCUCUUCACUGAGGUGCUGGAUCACAAUGAAUGUCUUAUCAUUACAGGUACGGAACAGUACAGUGAAUACACAGGCUAUGCUGAAACAUAUCGUUGGGCCCGAAGCCAUGAAGAUGGAAGUGAAAGGGAUGCCUGGCAGCGGCGCGGCACUGAGAUCGUCGCCAUCGAUGCCCUUCACUUCAGACGCUACCUCGACCAGUUUGUGCCCGAGAAAAUCAGACGAGAGCUUAACAAGGCUUACUGUGGAUUUCUCCGUCCUGGAGUUUCUUCAGAGAAUCUUUCUGCAGUGGCCACAGGAAACUGGGGCUGUGGUGCCUUUGGUGGUGAUGCUAGAUUAAAAGCCUUAAUACAGAUAUUGGCAGCUGCUGUAGCUGAGCGUGAUGUAGUUUAUUUCACCUUUGGGGACUCAGAAUUGAUGAGAGACAUUUACAGCAUACACACUUUCCUUACUGAAAGGAAACUAACUGUUGGAGAAGUAUAUAAGCUGUUGCUCCGGUAUUACAAUGAAGAAUGCAGAAACUGUUCCACCCCUGGACCAGACAUCAAGCUUUAUCCAUUCAUAUACCAUGCUGUUGAGUUCUGUGCAGAGACCACCAACCAGCCAGGACAAAGGACUGGGGCCUGAGGAGCUGAGUAAAUAGAGAACCUCCUUCCACCUCUCACUAGAAACAUCCUGUUUGACUUGUCAGGUGUAAUAUACGAACUGACUUAACUUAAUAUGAAUGUGUAUAUAAUCCAGUUUGUGGGCAAGGAUGCAAUCCCUUCCACACACAUGCAGUUGUCAUGUAAGCCCCCUCCAUCCUAACUUACACAGGCUUAAAUAUAUUUUGUUUGCAUUUUUUCUAUUUCAGUCUUCAUCCUUCGGUUUUUCUUUCUUUUGCCCUUCAGAUUCCCUGUGAAAUCCCAUGAAAGGUUGUGCUCAGCCUGUCAGAUCUCUUUUUUGAUGCCUAUAUAUUAUGCACAUUGCCUCUGCAGCUAGCAGAUGCCAGGGAUGCCAGGGAAGAAGUUGAAAACAAAGAACUUUUUAACUGGGUUUGCUAAAGAUUUCCCUGUAAGCCUUUCACCCCCAACUCUUGUUAUGAUUGUGUUGAGUUUUGAAUUUUGAAAAUAAAGAGUUGAGGAUUUUUUUCAGACGUUACAUAAUGCACAUCUCCUAGGUUAAAACGAUUUUGUAUUUCAGACAGAAUAAUUUCCAGAUACAGUUCUUUUAAGACAGCACCUUGAUCUAUAAUGGUUUCUCAGUCCCUUCUUCCCUGAUCAAUUUUUAUUAAUACUGUUUUUGGAAACUGACCAAAAUGGAAGGAAAUGUAUAAUAAAAGAGUUUCCCCAAAUGGUGUUUUAAAAAAAAAAAGAAAAGAUGCAAGAGAGUUGCAGGAUCUCUCGUUUCUUGGGAUUUUUUUUGUUUGUUUUCAAAUUAGAAUUAUUGUUUGUUCUAUGGUGCUUGAGGCAUAUUCAUAUAACCAAAGUUUAGGAACUGGGAACUCAUACUGAUUUGUACAUAUUGAAGUUUCUCUGGUAUUCAAAGGUUAUAUAGUUAAUAAAUUUUAAUUAACAAAUCAUUUGUCAGAAACUCCCACAUCAUCUAUAUUUUAUCUAUAAAUAUAAAUAUAUGUUCUUUAAGUGUGUCUGUGUGCAAGCACAUAAAAUCCAAAUAAAACUGGAGUUAUGGAAAAUGAUUAGAUUUAGGUUUAAUCAGGAGCUCUGUUUAAAAUCAUUUAUUUACAAUUGUGUCCAUUUAAAACUGGCAUCAAACAUAAACAAUAAUGUCUUUCAGAGGUUAAAAUAAAAGCUGAUUCUGCAUUGAGAGUAGAGUUUAAUCGUGAAGCAUUUAUUCAUAUUUCUAAAAUAAUACUUUACUGUUGAAGCUCUAGUUUAUAGUCAGCUGUCAGAAAAUGCUAUUGGAGGUUAAAUCCUAGUAAUAAGAAAUUUUGAUAGAUGGUCCAAACUCCUGGUGUCAGUAUUGGCAGGAAAAAAUGGGGCCAUGGCCAAUGUCUGCAAUUCUUUUUUUGUGUAGAGAUUGAGAGGUUAAUGGAAUUUGGCACCUGAUGGCAGCCACUUGUCAUUAACAAAGUUCUUUACCAUAGUAACUAAGAUUUUUAAUCAUCUCCCUAAAUCCAAGGUGUCUGGCUUUAUUUCUACUGAUACUAAAGUCUUCUCUUUCCGUCCCAACCCAUUUGGAGCUUUGGUUAAGCAUUCAUGGUUAUAUUUCAUUUCUUUUUUCUGUUUCUAUAUCUUUUCCUCUUACCCAGCCCCAAGACUAAGUGAACAGUUCUUUAAAACAUUACAUGAACAGUAUAGGAUGGUUCGUGUGGUAGAGAAAUCAUUAAAUCCAGGUAAGAAGACACCCAGCCUAAUAUUCCAGAACAUAGAAUCUAAGACUGAACUCUUAAUGCUAAACAGGCUUAGUGUCUAGGCCAUCUAUCUGAGUGCCUCUCUCUUUUGAGGGUUUUCCAAGAAUAAAACCUGCCUACUUUGUCCCAGUACAUUCCAGGAUUGGGAUAAUUUAAUCAGAUGGAGCAUAAAGAGAAAUAAUGCCCAUUUUUUGAGGCAGGAGGAAUGCCUUCUGUAAAAAGAGGAAAAAAUCAGACAUCUAAUUAACAUUUGUCUGUUCUAAAACAUUCAGCAGCAUCUUUUUAUUCCAUUAGGGGUUUAUUGUUUCAUUUCAAAUUGUUUACCCUUCCCUUCUUUCAUCUGUUGAGACAUGAAACAAUAUUUUAGUUUAGAAUUCUUAAGUGGUUAAUAUAGCUCACUUGCUUUACACUUUCUGUCUAGCUCACUCAAAUGCCCUUAACAGUUAAAAGAAGCAAUGUGGAGUAAUGGAAAGGAUAUGAGAUUUUAAAUCAGACAAACUGGUUUCAAAUGCUAGCCACAUCCCUUGAUAAUUCUCUAAAUAAACUGAAUUUCUGAGCCUUAUUUAACUCAUCUAUAAAACGGGCUAUUAGCACUUAUUAGGAAAUGCUAUAUAUAAAGAAGUGCUUGUGGGGUCUGGCACAUAGUUGGUGCUCAAUAAAUGUCAACUGUUAUAAUUGACCAGGAAACAUUUAUGGAGCAUCUACUGUACAUUAGGUACUGUACUAGUUGCUUUGCAUAUUUUAGCUCAUUUUUCUUUUUUUUUUUAAAUUUUUAUUGUUAUGUUAAUUACCAUACAUUACAUCAUUAGUUUUUGAUAUAGUGUUCCAUGAUUCAUUGUUUGUGCAUAACACCCAGUGCUCCAUGCAGAACGUGCCCUCUUUAAUACCCAUCACCAGGCUAACCCAUCCUCCCACCCCCCUCCCCUCUAGAACUCUCAGUUUGUUUUUCAGAGUCCAUAGUCUCUCAUGGUUCGUCUCCCCCUCCGAUUUCCCCCCCUUCAUUCUUCCCCUCCUGCUAUCUUCUUUUUUUUUUUUUUUCUUAACAUAUAUUACAUUAUUUGUUUCAGAGGUACAGAUCUGUGAUUCAACAGUCUUGCACAAUUCACAGCACCCACCAUAGCACAUACCCUCCCCAGUGUCUGUCACCCAGCCACCCCAUCCCUCCCACCCCACCCCCCACUCCAGCAACCCUCAGUUUGUUUCCUGAGGAAUUAAGGAAUUAAGAAUUCCUCAUAUCAGUGAGGUCAUAUGAUACAUGUCUUGCUCUGAUUGACUUCUUUCGCUCAGCAUAACACCCUCCAGUUCCAUCCACGUUGUUGCAAAUGGCAAGAUCUCAUUCCUUUUGAUGGCUGCAUAAUAUUCCUGUGUGUGUGUGUGUGUGUGUGUGUGUGUACACACCACAUCUUCUUUAUCCAUUCAUCUGUCAAUGGACAUCUUGGCUCUUUCCACAGUUUGGCUAUUGUGGACAUUGCUUUUAGCUCAUUUUUCUAAUGGGCUAACGAUACCCAGAGGUUAGGGAAUACCAUCUGAACCUCCAGAAGUUCCUUGUGAAAGGAGACUUACUCUGUCAUCUCUGGAGGAGACCUGAUAGAACAAAGGCUCUGACACUGUUGUUCUCUACCAAGUUCCUACUAUAAGGUAUUCUUCAUAAUGAAUGACUAGUUAUCAGUGGGGUACAUUAAAAUGUCUCUGAGAGAAUUCUUUCUUUCUUUUUUUUUUUUUUAAGAUUUUAUUUAUUUAUUUGAGAGAGAGAGGAGAGACAGUGAGAGAGCACAAGCAGGGAGGAGAGGGAGAAGCAGAGCAAGGAGCCCGAUGAGGGACUCGAUCCCAGGACCCUGGGAUCAUGACCUGAGCCGAAGGCAGACGCUUAACUGACUGACCCACCCAGGUGCCCCAAAUUAUUUCUUUUCUUGCUGAUUGAAGUGACAUUAAGGGCAGGCAGAGCCAAAUUGGUACUUAAAGGGGAGAUUGAAAAGGAGAUCUAACCAGGCUUCAUGACUGCUAUGCCAGGUAUUUAACCAGUAUUUAUUGCUUUGGAAACCGAAUUUUGAUUAAGCUGUCCCAAUGCAAGAAUAUGAGGGAGCAAAGAAGUAGUUGGGUUACAUUCUUUAAAACUUCAAUAGGAAGAGAAGCAGUUGUGUACAGAUUCUCACCUGCUUUUUUUUUUCCUGUCUUUUCCGAUCUGUGUAGCUUCGUGUUCAUGACUUUUUUUCUGAUAUGAGGAAAACCUAAAUCCUAGUUUGUCUCCUUUAAAGAUAAGUAAAGUGUAGAAGGCCUGUACUUUCUUCAUUUAACCUUGUGGAUCUUCCCUAAUUCUUUGCUUUUGGAAGUAAGGGAAAGACCAGCCAUUGCUGGCAGUUGAGCUCAAAUAUUUAAUCCUGUUCUUGUUAGGGGGCUAUAAGGGGGUCCCAGUGUGAUACUUAUUGGAACAAACUAAAAUCCACUGACCCACUGCUGUUCUCUGUGCCUGUGACAGAGUGCCCUUUGUUGCCCCUCACCAGAUUCCCACACAGAUCUACUGAGCCUCCAGAGCAGGUUUCCCAUACAAGAAAACCAAAAUUGCUAUGUUCACCUGAUAACUGAUUUUAUUUUUCCUGUUUAUUUUAAAUGUAGGAUUACCAUCUCAUGACAGUUUUGAACAAUUAUGUGGGUUGUACAGAGGUUCUUUUCCCUUUGCUGUUAGGUGCCCUCCCCCUUCACGUUAAGUGACUCAAAUAAGCCUGACAGAGUCAGGACUUUUUAUCACUGCUCCACAGAACUGAGGCCACUCACACAUUUCAUCCACCAUUUUGCAUUGUCAGUGGAAGAUACAUGGGGAAGAGUAACAAGGUGUUCCCCUUCUAAGCCAGAAUUGUCACCACAGCCUAUGAUGGAGCCUGAACUCCAGCUUCUACCCAGCAGUGCCAAGGAGCCUCCCUCCUCUUAUAUGUCAUUCAAAGCAGAGAGGAGAACCUGAACUUCCAUCUUCCCCUAGUUGUAAUGAGGCAGUGUCUUGCUCCCCAGGUGGAAUGGUAACAGAGGCCAGCUACAAUAGGUAUCAGAGGAGGAGUGCUAAAACACAAGAUUUAAUGAGAUCCAGAAUCUCGUGAUAUCCAAAAUGUUCAACUUUCAAUGAUCAUCACUUACCAUUCCAAGGACCAGGAAGAUCUCAGAUUGAAUGGCAAAAGACAACUGCAUCAUACAGAUAAUAGAAUUUUCUGGUAAAGGGGCACCUGAGUGGCUCAGUUGGUUAAGCGUCUGACUCUUUUUUUUUUUUAUUAUUCUUAUGUUAAUCCCCAUACAUUACAUCAUUAGUUUUAGAUGUAGUGUUCCAUGAUUCAUUGUGCAUAACACCCAGUGCUCCAUGCAGAAUGUGCCCUCCUCAAUACCCACCACCAGGCUAACCCAUCCUCCCACCCCCCUCCCCUCUAGAACCCGCAGUUUGUUUUUCAGAGUCCAUCAUCUCUCAUGGUUCGUCUACCCCUCCGAUUUCCCCCGCUUCAUUCUUCCCCUCCCGCUACCUUCUUCUUCUUUUUUUUUUUCUUAACAUAUAUUGCAUUAUUUGUUUCAGAGGUAAGCGUCUGACUCUUGAUUUCUGCUCAGGUCAUGAUCUCAGGGUCAUGAAAUUGACCUCCACAUCAGGCUCUGUGCUCAGCGCAAAGUCUGCUUGAGAUCCUCUCCCUGUCCACCUCCCCCUGCUCAUACUUUCUCUCUAAAAUAAAUAAAUCUUUGGAAUUUUCUGGUAAGGAUUUUGAAACAGCUGUCUUAAAAAUGCUCUAACAAAUAUAAACACUUGAUAUAAAUGAAAAAGAAAGUAUCAGCAAGGAAAUAGAAAGUUGCAACAAAAAAAUAGAAGAUACAAGAAAAACCAAAUGGAAUUUCUAGAACCAAAAAAUAAAAUAACAAAUUAAAAUUAAAAAAGAGAACACUCCAUGGAUGAGCUGAGCAGCAAAAUAAAAUAGAGGGAAGAAUCAGUGAAUUUGAUGAUAUAACUAUAGAAAUUAGCCACUCUGAACAACAGAAAAUUGAAAAUAAUAAAUAGAGCCCCAGGGACAUUUGAGACUAUAACAAAUGAUCUAACAUUCAUGACAUUGGAUUUCCAGAAGGAGAAGAGGAAGAGGUGGAGGCUGAAAUAAAAUUCGAAGAAAUAAUUUCUAAAAAUAUUCCAGAUUUUGCAAUAGAUCUAGGAAGCUCAGUGAACUCCAAACAGGAUUAAACCCCCAUAUCCACACCAAAACAUGUCAUAGUCUGAAUGAAUGUCUGAAAUGUCUGAAAACCAAAGAAAAACAAAAAGUCUUGAAAGCAGCAACAAAUGACACAUAAUGUGUAAGACAUACACAACUCAAAUGACAAUGAAUUUCUCACCAGGCACAACAAAAGCCAGAAGGAAGUUGCACAACACUUUUUAAGUGAAAGAAAAGAACUGUUGAUGCAGAAUUCUAUAUCCAACAAAAAUAUGCUACAGUAAUGAAGGAGAAACCAAGACAUUCUCAGAUGAAGGUAAACUAAGAGAAUUUAUCUCCAGCAGAUCUCCCCUCAAAGAAUGACUAAAGGAAGUUCUUGAAACACAAAGGAAAUGAUAAAAGAAGGAUCUUGGAACAUCAGGAAGGAAGAACAGAAAGUAAAAAUAGGGAUAAAUAGAACACACUUUUCUUAAGUUUUCUCAGGUUUGUUAAAGCAAAACAAAAAAACCUAUCCAUUGUGAUUUUCAAUGUAGGUAGAGAGAAUAAUACAAUUAGAAAUGGGGGCGCCUGGGUGGCUCAGAUGGUUAAGCAUCUGCCUUCAGCUCACGUCAUGAUCUCAGGGUCCUGGGAUUGAGCCCCAUGUCCAGCUCCCUGCUCAGCGGGAAGUCUGCUUCUCCCUCUCCCUCUGCCUCUCCCCUGCUCAUGCUCUCUCUCUCUAUUCCUCUGUCUCAAGUGAAUAAAUAAAAUCUUAAUAAAAAAGACAAUUAGAAAUGGAAGGGUAAAGGAGUAUAGAGAUAAAGUUUUUAUAGUUCAUUCAAACUGGUAGAAUGGUGACACCAAUAAACUUGGAUAAGUUAUAAAUUUAUAAUGUACAUACUAGAGCAACUACUCUAAAAGACUAGAUAAAGAAGUAUACUCAAAAAUAUUAUAGAUAUAUCAAAAUGGAAUUUAAAAAAAUAUUCAAUUAAACUACAGAUAGGCAAGAAAAGGAAAAAAAAAAAGUUAAACAUAGAGAACUACCAGAAAAUAAAAAAAUAAUGGCAGACUUAAACACUAAUACAUCAUAGUUACAUUAAUUAUAAAGGCAUUAAAUAUAAAAAAGAUUGACAGAGUGGAUAAAAAAAUAUAUGACCCAACACUAUGAACGAUGGGUUGUGUAUAAGAAACUCACUUCAUAUACUAUGAUGUAGGUAGGUUGAAAGUUAAAAGGAUGGAAUACAAGACUCACCUUGCAAACAAAAGAAAGCAGAUGUGGCUAUAUUAAUAGCAAAGUUGACUUUAGAGGAAAGAAUAUUAGGGACAGAGAGGACUAUGACAUAAUGAUAAAAAUGCCAGUCCACUAAGAAGACUGCAAUCCUAAACAUUUAUGCACAAAAUAUAUGAAAAAGGGGCACCUGGGUGGCUCCGUUGGUUAAGCAUCUGCCUUCAGCUCAGGUAAUGAUCCUGGGGUCCUGGGAUCGAGCCCUACGUCUGGCUCCCUGCUCAGCAGGAGUCUGCUUCUCCUGCUCGUGAUCUCUGUUGCUAUCUCUGUCUCAAUAAAUAAAAAUAAAAUCUUAAAAAAUUUUUCUUAAAUAUGUGGAAAAAAACUGAUAGAAAUGAAGGGAAAUAGGGAUGCAUGGGUGGUUCAGUCAGUUAAUUGUCUGAUUCUUGAUUUCAGCUCAGGUCAUGAUCUCAAGGGUCAUGGGAUCGGCAGGGAAUCUGCUUGUGAUUCUCUCCCUUUCCCUCUGUUCCUCCCCCCCAGUUCGCGCUCUCUCUCAUAAAUAAAUCUUUUUUAAAAAAACAAAUGAAGGGGCGCCUGGGUGGCUCAGUGGGUUAAGCGACUGCCUUCGGCUCAGGUCAUGAUCCUGGAGUCCCAGGAUCGAGUCCCGCAUCGGGCUCCCUGCUCGGCAGGGGGUCUGCUUCUCCCUCUGUCCUCUUCCCUCUCGUGCUCUCUGUCUCUCAUUCUCUCUCAAAUAAAUAAAUAAAAUCUUUAAAAAAAACAACAAAUGAAGGGAAAUUGACAAAUCUACAAUUACAGUUAGUGACUUCAACAGUUGAUAGAGCAAUUUGAAAGAAAAUCAGCAAAGAUAUAGAACUCAACUACAUUAUUCCAUCAAUCAACAAGAUCUAAAUGACACAGAUACACAGUAUUUUCAAGUACCUAUGGAACGUAUACUAAGAACAUUCCUAGGCCAUAAAUCAAACCUCAAGAAAUUUAAAAGAACUUAAAUCACAUAAACUGUGUCCUCUGAUGCAAUGAAAUCAACUAGAAAUCAAUAACAAAGAUGAAAGGAAAAUUCCAAACACUUAGAAACUAACCACACUUCUAAAUGAUCCAUGAGUUCAACUCUCAAGGGAAAUUUAAAAAGAAAAAUAUAAAUAUGUUGAACUGAAUGAAAAUAAAAAUGGAAUUUGUGGGACACAACUAAAGCAGUACUGAUAGGAAAUUCAAGUCACUAAAUGCAUACAUUAUAAAAAGGGAAAGAUCUCAAAUCGAUCUAAGCUCCAAGAAAUUAAGGGAAAACAACGUAAACUCAAGCAGAAUGCAAAAAUUAAUAAAGAGCAGAAUUGAAUGAAAUAGACCAAAAAUCAAUAGAGAAACUCAAAUGAAGCAAAAAGCUGGUUUUUUGAAAUGAUCAAUAAAAUUGACAAUCCUCUCACAAAACUGGAAGAAAGAAAUAGAGAAUACUCAAAUACGAAGAAUGAAAUAAGGGCUAUCACUACAGAUCCAGCAGACAUUAAAAGGAUAAUAAUAAUAGAAUACUGCAUACAAUCUACACUUAUAUUUGAUAACUUAGCUUAAAUGGAACAGUUCCUCAAAAAAUACAACCACUAGAACUCAUCCAAUAUGAAAUAUAUUACUUGAAUAACCAUGUAACUAUUAAGGGAAUUGAAUUUAUAAUUUUAUACCUCUAACAAAGCAAUCUUAACAUCCAAAUGGUUUCACUAGAGAAUUCUACCAACUGUUUAAGGGUGAAUUAACACCAUGCCUAUAAAAUAUCUUCCUGAAAAUAGAGGAGGGAAACUCCCCAAUUGAUUUUAUUACCUUGAUACCAAAACCAGACAAAGACAGUAAAAACACAAACAGAAUUACAAACCAAUAUUCUUCAUGAAUAUAGAUGCAAAAAUCCUCUUAAGUAUUGGCAAAUAGAAUUCAGCAAUAAAGAAUUAGACCAUGACCAGGUGAGAUUUAUCCCAGGUUUGCAAGCCUGGUUCAAUGUAAUCUAUCACAUCAACAGACUAAACAAGAAAAGUCAUAUGGUCAUAUCAAUAGAUGCAUGAAAAAAAUUGGAUAAAACUCAAGACACAUUCCAGAUGAACAUUCUCAAUACAGGGGAACUUGACUCAAUAAAACAACAAAAAUCUACAAUUAAUAGCAUACUUAGUGUUGAGGAAAUUUCUUGCUAAGAUCAGGAACAAGGCAAGGAUCUCUCCUCUCACCACUUUUAUGCCACAUCAUACUGGAAGUUCUAUUUAAUGCAACGUGGCAGUAAAAGGUAUGUGUGUAUAUAUAUAUAUCAGGAAGGUAGAAAAAACUGAUUUUGUUCCCAAUGACACAAUUAUCUACGUAGAAAAUCCCAAAGAAAUGACAGAACGAACAAUCAACCUCUCACACACACAAACACAGAAAACCUCCUGGAACUAAAAAACUUGCAGGAUAGGUUGCAGAAUAGAAAGUUAAUAUAUAGGUUGCAGGAUAGAACGUUAAUAUACAAACAUCAAUUGCUUUGCUAUAUGCCAGCAAUAAACAACUGGAAUGUGAAAUUAAAACAAUACCAUUUCUAUUGGCACCCCCAAAAUAAAAUACUUAGGUAUAAGUCUCAAAAUAUGUACAAGAUCUAUCUGAGGAAAACUACAAAACUUGGAUGAAACAAAGACAAUCUAAAUGAAAGGAGAGAUAUUCCAUGCUCAUGGAUAGGAAGACUAUAUUUAAGAUGACAUAAUUUGAUCUAUAGAUUCAACACAAUCUCAAUCAAAAUCCCAGCCAAGUUAUUUUUGGAUAUAGACAAACUGAUUCUAAAGUUUAUAUGGAAAGCAGAAGACCAAGAAUAACUAACACAUUACUGAACAAGAAGAGCAAUAUCAGCAGACUGACAUUGCUUGAUUUCAAGUCUUACUAUAAGUACAGUAAUCAAAAUAGUGUGGUAUUGGCAAAAGAAUAGACUAAUAGCACUAGUAACACUGUAUUUUGUGGUCAGUGCCUUGUAUCCAAAAAAGGCACCAGAUCCUUCAGAAUUAUUGAAAUGAGGCCAAGGCCACUAUCUACUACCUGGCCAACCUGCAUUUGUAAACCUAUAACACCUAUCCCUCUCUCUGCUAUUAUUUUAACCGAAACAGUGUGGCAUUAAAGGGUGUGUGUCAUCUGUGAGUUGGAAAGGAAGAAACACAAAGCACCAACUGCCUCCGGGCAAAACCAGUGUGUUGACAGUGCCUUCUUUGAGAAUACGAGUCAUCUCAGGAGUCAUCUUAAUAUGAGUCAGGUUAUGUGUUGGAUGCGUUGGAGGCUUGCGUGGUUCUAGAAAAGAAACUGAAGCUAGCCCUACUAGAUCUGCUUUUUCUGGGCUCUGCCAGUACAGCCCCUCAUAUCUGUGAAUUCAUGAAAAACCACUUUCUAAAGCAAGCCAUGAAAUUCAUCCAGAAAAUGGGCUUCCACCUGACCACUCUCCACAGGACAGGCUUGGGUAGUAUCUCUUUGAAAGACCCACUCUCAGGCGCCUGGGUGGCUCAGUUGGUUAAGCGACUGCCUUCGGCUCAGGUCAUGAUCCUGGAGUCGCGGGAUCGAGUCCCGCAUCAGGCUCCCUGCUCGGCGGGGGGUCUGCUUCUCCCUCUGAUCCUCUUUC